AUGGAGUUCCGGACACUCGCACGACCAGCGGCUCGGCUGCUCAGCCCUCGCCCAUCAGGCCUUCCUAUCGUUCCCUGCCGUGGCCACAAGACAACAAGCCGAACGAAACGAUCUCUCAAGAUCGCCCCUCACGAAUCUUUCCUCCCCGACCGAAAGGCUGCCUUCCCCGCCUCCGACUCCAUCAUCUACAACCCUCCUUCUUCUGAGGCGUCUCCUCUCCACACACCCUUCCUCUUCCUCCCUCCCAACGAUGCACGCCGUGUAGCCCUCACACGACUUCGACACACUCCCGGUUCUCCCCUGGAGCCUAUCUCCAAGAGCAAACUGCCCCCAGAGAUGAAGUACAACCGCCGCAGUCCCAACUAUAACCUCACCGCUGCCGAUAUCAAGGAGAUGAAGCAACUAAGGCAAGAAGACCCCGAGACAUGGAGCGUCAACAAGCUUGCCGAGAAGUUUGGCUGCUCUGUUAUCUUCGUAAAGAUGGCGGCUCCCGCACCUGAAGCCCAUUUGGAGAAUGUCAAGCGCAAGCAGGAGAGGAGGGAAUCUCGAUGGGGAGCUAUCCGAACCAACGCCAGAGAGGAACGCAAGAGGAGGACGGAAAUGCUCUACCGUGGCGAGUUGUAA